UGUGCCUAUGAUGGGCAACGUAUCAGAUUUCUUCCUCAAAUCUCAGUCUUCAAAUUCCUUUGCAAUCAAAUUACUAAGUAGAUAUUAAUAAGAAUAAGAAUACGAAAUGGGAAAGAAAUCUUCACCCUCUUUAACCUCAUCGUCGUCCUCGCCUUCGUGGUGGUGGAGAUACCGAUCGGCACUCGUCAUUAUCUCCUUCCUGCUUCUCACAUGGCUGCUCUUCCACCACCAAUCCCUCAGUUUCGAGAACCAGGUAGUCGUGUCAAGAUUGAAUAAGGAGCUCAAAAUGUUGAAGAAUCAGUUGGAAAAUGUGAAGAAGCAAUUAAGAGGCUGGAGCAUUGGUGAGGAGGAUGAUCCUGUCAAUGUAGAGCGGCGAAAUGCGGUCAGGGAUGCUAUGAUUCACGCCUGGACUUGUUACGAGAAAUACGCAUGGGGUCAUGAUGAACUGCAGCCACAGACGAUGGACGCUGCUGACAGUUUCGGUGGUCUAGGAGCAACUCUGGUGGAUUCUCUUGAUACAUUGUACAUAAUGGGUCUUGACAAGCAAUUCCAAAGAGCUAGAGAGUGGGUUGCGAGCUCAUUGGAUUUCAACAAGAAUUAUGGGGCUAGUGUUUUUGAGACAACCAUAAGAGUUAUAGGUGGACUUCUUAGCGCAUAUGAUCUGUCUGGUGACAAACUCUUCCUUGACAAGGCUAGAGAUAUUGCAGAUAGGUUGCUGCCUGCAUGGAAUACUCCUUCUGGAAUCCCUUACAACACAAUCAACUUGAUGUAUGGUGAUGCUAAUAACCCUAAGUGGGCAGGGGGAAAAAGUAUUCUGGCAGAUGCUGCUUCAGAACAACUUGAAUUUGUUGCUCUAUCUCAAAGGACAAAUGACCCCAAGUACCAGCAAAAGGUGGAAUAUGUCAUUAAAGAGUUUCAUAAAAUCUUUCCUGCUGAUGGAUUGCUUCCUAUAUAUCUUGAUCCUCACACUGGAACAACGUCAAAGUCAAAAAUCACAUUUGGUGCCUUAGGGGAUAGUUUCUAUGAAUAUCUACUCAAGGCUUGGAUACAAGGAAACAAAACAGAAGCAGUACAACACUACAGAGAGAUGUGGGAGACAUCAAUGAAAGGUCUGAAUAGCUUGAUUCGGAGGACAACACGAUCCUCAUUUGCAUACAUAUGUGAGAAGAUCGGAAGCUCACUAAUUGACAAGAUGGAUGAAUUAGCUUGCUUUGCUCCUGGCAUGCUGGCUUUAGGAUCUUCUGGUUAUGACCCUGGCCAAGCUGAAAAAAUGUUAUCCCUUGCUGAAGAGCUUGCAUGGACAUGCUAUAAUUUCUAUCAGACAACUCCUACAAAAUUGGCUGCGGAGAAUUAUAAUUUUCCAGCUGGACAGGACAUGGUUGUGGGAACGACAUGGAACAUUUUGAGGCCUGAGACAAUUGAGUCACUUUUCUACUUAUGGCGGUUAACUGGGAACAAGACUUACCAAGAAUGGGGUUGGAACAUUUUCCAAGCAUUUGAAAAUAACUCUCGUACAGAUACAGGAUAUAGUGGACUUAAAGAUGUAAGUAGAGGUGAUAGAGACAAUAUGAUGCAGACCUUCUUCCUUGCAGAAACGCUCAAGUAUCUCUACCUCUUGUUUUCACCUCCAUCAUUCAUCUCGUUGGACGAUUGGGUGUUCAACACAGAAGCCCACCCACUAAGGAUUGUGACACAGACACGGUAAUAUGGUUAGAGUUGUACCACAACUGGACUAGACAGAAUACCAGAAAGAUUCCACUGAAGGAAAUGUCGCUUAGGAUCUCAUUAGUUCAAAUUUUGAUAAAUCUCAAGCCUCACAUUUUGACAUAAGAUCCAAGUCCAUAAUUCAACUUGUGGAUUACUUCCUCAAGGUAUUGAAGACAAUUCAUUUAUGUGCGGGUGCUGUGCGGAGAACUGACUGCCUCACUUGUUAUGUAACAAUAGAUUAUAGAAUAUUAGAAUUAACUUGUAAUCAUCCUCUUUGUAUCUAGUGUUUCUGGUGUGUUAAUUUGUUUAUGGCCAAAAUUGUUCCAGCCCCUUAAUCUUUUCUUAUAAUUUAAAUCACAAA